AUGACUUCCCCAUCUGUCUCCACAAUUCUGGAUGGAAUUGCCAGUUCACGCGAGGCAUUCGACAAGAACGAAGCCGGCUCAAGAGAAGCUCUGAUUGACCAAAGCCGCGCGCUGAUUGCAGCAUUGGAAAUCCCAAGCGAGUUCGUCCAGCGCACCUUCUGGGCAGAGCCAGCUCAAAGCGCCAUUAUCCGUCUCGCCGUCGAUGUCAAGCUUUUCCAAUGCCUCAAGGAUGCAGGAGAUGCGGGACUCACUCCGUCAGCAUUUUCCGAGAAGGCUCAGGUCGACAGUACACUCCUGCAACGCCUAACGAGACAUCUGGUGGCAAUGAACCUUGUGUCAUUCCACAACGGAGCGUUCUACGCCACGAAGCUGAGUAACGGUCUCGCAGCAGAGAACUAUCAACACAGCAUCAGUUUCUGUUAUGAUGUGGCGCGCCCUUCAUUUAACGGAUUCCCGGAAUAUUUUAAGAAGUCCGAAUAUAAUUCCCCGACUCUGGGUGGAACUGACGGCCCGUUUCAAGAGGCGCACAAAACAGACCUCCCGUUCUUUGAAUGGCUUGUUGCGACACCACCGCACCUCCAGCAUUUCGACUCCUUCAUGAGCGCGUACCGCGCGGGUAAGCCAAACUGGCAUGAGUUCUACCCCGUGGCCGAGAGAUUAACCACGGGCUUCGAUGCUUCUAUUAGCGAUGUUCUCCUCAUCGACGUUGGUGGCGGAAAGGGUCACGAUGUGGCUACCUUUGCUGCGCAUUAUAGUCCUUGCUCGGGUAGAAUUGUGCUCCAGGAUCGAGAGCCUGUCAUCGCAGGUGUUGUAGCUGAUGGCAUAGAGCGAGCUUUCGAAGCACAAGCUCACGACUUUUUUACGCCGCAGCCUAUCAAGGGUGCACGCGCAUACUCUCUUCAUUCUAUUCUCCACGAUUGGAGCGAUGAAGAUGGCGUCAAGAUCCUGCAGAAUCUUGUGCCUGCUUUAAAGAAGGGUUAUUCACGUGUCCUGUUCAACGAGAUCGUGAUUAACGAAGAAAAACCUACACUCGCAGCGACUAAUAUGGAUAUGAUGAUGUUGGCGCAUUUUGCCGUGAGAGAAAGAACGGAGGCUGAUUGGAGAGAUAUCCUGGCGCAAGCUGGAUUGAAGGUGGUCAAUAUCUACACCUAUCCGGGCGUUGCAGAGAGUUUAAUUGAGGCAGAGCUGGCCUGA